AUCGGCGUUGUUAUUGUCACCAUGGUGACAUUUACUGUGUAGUUUACAGAAAAAAAUGACUUUAUAUUCGGAAUUAGUUCUUUUCUCAAUUACUUAUGUGUUAUUUUGUUUUUGUAUAGUAGCACCUCCGACUGAAUUCAUUACAGCGGGACUCACGGUUAAUCAUUUAAUUGAGUGUAUCAACACUAAUGAGAAUGUAAAGUUUGUUGAAUAUCAUAUAUGUAGAUCUACAUUAACAAUUAUCAUACAUUCUCUUCUACCCCUUGGUUAUUUUGCUGGAAUCUAUUGUUUUACAGAUCAUCCGUCUGUAUUACAAUUAGCUUGGUCUAAUAUUGGAUGGCAAAUAGCAUUUACUUUUUCAGUUCUACUACCUAUAACAGCAUGUGUAGUUGCAUUAUAUUGGUCACAAAAUAAUUGGAAAUAUCAUCCAGUUGUAAGAAAUUUGGAGAAAAGUGGAAGAGUUUGGAAUGACAUUGCAACAGAAAUUAAUACAGAAUAUCGGCGUGUUGACAAAUUUGUCAGUGGUCGUCAGAGUCUCAAUCGUAUCGUUGUAACAGAUACCUGGAUAAUUCAAAUUACACCAUAUACAUUGAAAAUAGCACAACAGAAUGAAUGUAUCCUUACUCUCUCUCAAAGUACAGAAUUUGCAAUAUCUCAUUCAAGUACAACUGGUAUUCAGUUUUUAAAAAUAGAAGUGAAAACACAUCAGAAUAGAAUAAAACCAUUUUCUAUUUGGGUAAAUUCUCAAGAAUAUAGUAGUUUACGGGAAAAAUUACAGGCACCAGUACAAAAUGCUCAAGGUAUCAUAAUACAACAUACAUUGACUGAUCGUUUUUUAGAUGUUUUUUACACUUAUGUUUCUGGAAAUCCCAAAUACUCUUAUACUGAUGAUGAGGAUGUGGAACCUUGUAUUGGUUGUAUGUUAACUCCUGCUAAUGUUAAACUUCAAAAAUUAUGUGAUCAUGCAGAUGCUGGAAAUUGUCAGCAAUGUUAUUGUAGACCUAUGUGGUGUGUGUGGUGCAUGGGAAGAUGGUUUGCUAGUAGACAGGAUCAGAACCGUCCAGAGACAUGGCUAAGCAGUUCCUGUCCAUGUCCAACUUGCCGAUCAGUGUUUUGUAUGCUAGACGUAUGUCUUAUUGAAAAUAUAUAAUAUCUCUAUUUUACAUACAAAUGAAUUUCCUUUUUUUUAUAUAACAUAAUUCAUCAAAUUUAAA